UUUAUAGAUGAAUGUGGUCGUUCAGCGAAGACUGAAUCUGUUGGUUGAUCUCGUGCGUAGGUGGCCGAAGUACUCACUCGCAAUCAGAGGUAUGAGCAAGAUGAGCGAUGAGGUUGUGGCAUCUGUGUCUGGCUCUUGUGGAGUGAUAACUCUCAACAAACCAGCCAAACUCAAUGCCCUCAACUUGACAAUGGUGGAAGCAGUUAAGAAGCAUUUAGUAGAAUUUGAGAAGGACGAGACUGUUUCGACCAUCUUGGUGAAGAGUAACAGUCCGAAAGCCUUCUGUGCGGGUGGGGACGUUCAGAGGGUCACUGAAAGUGCGAAAAACAAGGGCACGUACCAUCGAGACUUUUUCUUCAAUGAAUACGUGAUGAACUUCAUGAUCGCCACGUGUUCCAAGCCCUACAUAGCCCUAAUACAUGGAAUCACAAUGGGAGGGGGGGUGGGGCUGUCGGUACACGGCAAAUUCCGAGUGGCUACUGAGACUUCGCUCUUCGCCAUGCCAGAGACUGCGAUUGGUCUGUUUCCGGAUGUGGGUGGGGGACACUUCUUGUCAAGGCUACCGGGCAGCCUUGGAAUGUAUCUUGCCCUGACUGGACAGCGCCUGAAGGGGUAUGAUCUCAUACAUGCUGGAAUUGCAACUCAUUUUAUUCUUUCUUCAAAGCUUCCUCUGUUAGAAACAGACAUCUCUAAUCUAAAAAAGAGUGAGGAUGUUUCAAAAUCAUUAAAACAUGUGCUUGAUGCUCAUCAACAGCAUUCAAUUAGUGAUAUGGAAAAUACACCCAACUUCACCAUUAAUGAUAAACUUGCAAUGAUUUCCGAUGUUUUUGGACAAAGCAGUAUUGAAACGGUCUUUCAAAAACUGAAAGCUGAUCAAUCAGAAUGGAGCAAAAAGACACUUUCAACUAUGCAGAAAUUUUCGCCUCGCUCUCUCAAAUUAACCCACAAGCAGUUGAAAAAAGGAAUCGAUUUGGACAUUGCUGAUAAUUUAAAUAUGGAAUACAGAUUGGCUGUUGGUUGCUGCGAAUACGACAAUGAUUUCAUAGAAGGCGUCAGGGCACUGCUAGUUGAUAAAGACCACAGUCCGAAAUGGUCAGCUUCGUCAGUCGACCAAGUCGAAGAUUCUUUUAUAGAAACGUUUUUCGGACCAGUCGAUCAUGAACUUGAUGUUUUUGCAGAAAAAGUAAAACUAUGGGCUUCUUGAUUCGCUUUAUUUUCAUCCAAAUAAUAGUUGAUUGUUAUUAUAAUUAUGCAGUACAAUUCAUGGGCAUGGCGACAAUGUGUCGCAAGCGACCAUUCGUAGCAUUUAAAAAAGUGACUAUUUGCAGAACGCGAUGACUCCUAGCAAGCGACAAUUAGUAGCUGUAAAAGUUUUGAUCAGAUCA